AUGCCCGGUGAUGCGUCUUGGCCAAGUCAAAACGAGUGGGAUAAUCUCAAUUCUACUGUCAAUGGCAGAUUAAUCGCUACAAAACCUAUUGCUUUUAGCUGUCAUGAGCCUAAUUAUGAUGAGACUGAGUGCACAAGAGCCCGGGAGCUAUGGACAUGGCCUAUGCCACACUCUGAAAACUCUGCUUCGGUCAUGAACCCAUAUUUCUUGAACCAGUCUUGUGAUCCAUUUACAGACAGUUCGAAGCCCUGCCUGAAUGGUAAUCUUCCGGAAUAUGCAAUCAACAUUUCUUCUGCAGCAGAUGUUGCAGCAGGCCUUAAGUUUGCCGAGAAAAACAAUAUCCGAGUUAUAAUCAAGAAUACUGGCCAUGAUUUCGUCGGUCGUUCUUCUGGUGCAGGUGCUCUGAGUAUAUGGACCCAUAAUUUGAAGGAACUCGAGUUCCUGGACUACGAAAGCAAGUUGUAUACUGGACGGGCUGCAAAGAUUGGAGCUGGUCGACAAGCGUAUGAGAUUUUACCUGCCGCCAAUGAGGCUGGAGUACGAGUCCUUGCAGGAUGGUGCCCGACUGUUGGUAUCGUCGGGGGGUAUACACAAGGCGGCGGUCAUGGGCCUCUAAUCGGAGAGUACGGUCUAGCAGCAGAUCAAACUUUAGAAUGGGAGGUUGUGACUGCACUUGGAGAGCAUCUGGUAGCCACACCUUACGAAAAUUCCGAUCUAUACUGGGCAUUGAGCGGCGGAGGGGGAGGAACCUACGCCGUUGUUCUUUCGAUGACAACUAAAGCACAUCCUGAGGGGCUCAUGGGUGGCGGAAAUUUGACCCUCACCACGUCUGGAAAUUCGAUUGACGUUUUUUGGCAAGCUGUUGAUCUCUGGAAUGCUUUCCUUCCCAAGGUUGUGGAUGAAGGUAUUCAGUCUACUUAUAUGCUCACCGACGAAAUAUUUAGCAUAUACUCGAUGACAUGGUCAGGCCAUACUGGAGAGGAAUUGAAAUCUUUACUAGAACCAUUUAUCUCCCAACUGGAUCAGCUUCACAUCAUUUAUCAAUUCGAAUACACUAGUUUUCCUCGGUUUUAUGAUCAUUACACUCAUUACACGCCGGGACUGCCUUAUGGCGACUACGAAAUCUCCGAACUAACAGGAGGGCGACUGAUUCCGCGAUCUAUCGUUGAGUCGGAAGAUACAAACUCUGGCUUCACGGCCACUCUGCGCAAUAUUACGGUUGGCGGGCGAUUCGUUUUGAAUUGUGUAGCAUCUAAUGUUGCCCAUUCUCGGGUAGGAAACAAACCCGAGUCAAAUGCGGUGCUUCCAGCAUGGCGUACAUCAAUCAUGUCAAUCAUUAUUGUGGUUCUGUGGGACCCAAGAGCAGCUAUAGAAGAAGGUAUAGCAUCGGCAUACGAGAUGACAGAUGAAAUUGUUCCUCAAUUGGAGCGCAUUACUCCUGGUUCUGGAACCUACAUAAAUGAAGGAGAUUUUCGACUGAAGACAUGGAAAGUGGAUUAUUUUGGAAUCAACUACGAAAUGUUGAGGGAGGUGAAGAGGAAGUACGAUCCAAAUGAUUUGUUCUAUGCCGUUGUCUCGGUAGGUAGCGAUGAAUGGAGUGUUGCCGGCGAUGGAAGGCUUUGUCGAGCUUCGAAUGUCACAGAGUAG